UGACGAACCGCGCCAACGGAGUUGAGGUGAAAUAGAUCCAAGCGCUGACUGAUGGCGUGCAGGGUCGGGCGCAGACUCCUGCAUUUGAGAUGCUCCGGGAUGGCUAGGGAGAGUAUUUAUAUCGGUGAAGUUAUGAAUUUUUUGAAAUACUGACGAUAUAGCUGCCUACCAGAUUUCAAGGAGAGUACUCAAAUCUGUAAUAUAUACAUUUAAGAAAUGGAUUGGGACCAACUAGAAUUGAAUCCUAAAGUUAUUACUGCUGUUAAGAAAGCCAAACUGAAAUCAAUAAAAGAAGUUUUGCACCUUUCUGGACCAGAUUUGCAGAGACUGACAAAACUGUCCAUCAUUGAUGUCCAGUAUUUAUUGAAAACAGUCUCAUUAGCACUAAGGAAUAAUUGUGUUCUGACAGCACUUCAGAUAUAUCAACAGAAAGAGGAAUUUCCAGUACAGCAUAAGAAACUCGGCUUUGGCUGCUCAAUACUUAAUAGACUUUUAAGAGGUGGUCUCCCCCUGGUGGGAAUUUCAGAGCUUGUUGGACAGAGUUCUGCUGGGAAGACUCAGAUUGGCCUUCAGCUCUCUCUCUCUGUGCAAUAUCCUUAUGAGUAUGGAGGACUAGAGUCAGGUGUGAUCUAUAUUUGUACAGAGGAUGUUUUCCCAGAUAAGCGCUUGCAACAGCUAAUAGCUCUACAGCAUCAAUUGAGAACUGAUGUUCCAGGGGAGAUCAUCAAGAAAAUUAAAUUUGGCAACUCUAUCUUCAUUGAACAUGUAGCAGACAUAGACGCGUUGUUUGAGUGCAUUGCUAAGAGAGCUCCCAUCUUGUUAUCUCGGGGAAUGGUCCGCUUGAUCAUCAUUGACUCCAUUGCUGCUCUGUUUCGCUGUGAAUUUGGUAUCCAGCAGUCCAUUACAAAAGCCAAAUAUUUACAAACCCUCGGGGCAAAAUUGUACCAAUUAAGCAGUGGAUUCCAAAGUCCAGUAUUGUGCAUUAAUCAGAUAACAGGUACAGUGGAUGAAAGAGGCCUUGCUGGAACUAAUAUGGAUGUACUUGAAAAAGUUUCUCCAGCCCUUGGAAUAACCUGGUCCAAUCAACUACUAAUGAGGCUGAUGGUCAGUCGCCCAUCCUAUGAGUUUUCCAGAGAUACAGAUGCUUCAACUCCUGGAAUUGUUAUUAGGACAUUGAGUGUUAUUUUUGCACCACAUCUGCCCCAGUCCUGUUGUCACUACAUAGUCAAUGCAGAGGGUGUAAAAGGAGUAGAGUAAGGUGCAGUUAAAUCAAUUUGAAAGCAUGGGAGAAAUACUUUCACUGAAAACUUUUAUUAAUCCAGUUUGUUUAUAUGCUUUUGUGUACUACUACUAAGCUCUGUUUUCAGUUAAAAUAAUAAUACUGAAUAAUUUAAUGUCAUUCUCUUAGUUUCAUGGGUUAGUCAAGAGAGGAUUAAAUUUUUGUGGAUUUUUAAAAAUGUUCAUUUUUAUGGAAUGUUUUUAUAAGUUAAUUUACUUCUUUCAUUGACUAUAUCCUUGCUGUGAACUAAAAUUGGCACUCUGACCUUUGGAGGACUGAGAACUAUCAAGGCAAAGGCCACUUGAGAGAUGUAGCAACAUAUGAGGAAAGAAAUCUGUCAAAAUGCCCAAAACAAAAAUUAUUGUUUUAGUCUCCCCUCACCCCCAUCUUUAAAUUAGUCCUCAGUAGUAAAGAAUUUUCUAGUGGCUCUGAAUUGCUUUUAAGGAUCAAAUAUAUUUAUUUAGCAUUCAAAACAUUUAACUUUAUGGAUUGACUUCUUAUUACUUCCUCAUUCUACCUUCUAGGCAAAAUGGCCCAAAUGUUAUCUCCCUGCCCUCCCUGUAAAUGAUACUUCUAUUUUGGUACCUUAGUCCAAGCUAUCCCCAUCUUCUUCUUCCAUACUGAAUCCUUAAACUCCUUUUUCAAGGGUCCAAUUAAGUCCCAUUUUAAGCCUUGUGCUUUAAGCCCUAUGCCUUGUACUGCAGGUACUUAAUAAAUAUUUGUUGAAUAUAAGUUGAGGUGUGCUCUAAAGACUCUUGGUAUCUACAUUAAUUCUUACCACUCUAAUGGGAAAUGAAAACUGCUCAUUCAGCCUUCCUCAAAACCCCUGCCCUCUUCUGUUUUAAUGACCAUAAGUAUUUGAACUAAUGAAGAGUGAAAUAAGCUGAGCUAGGAAAACAAAAUAUAUAUGGACAGUAACAUUGAAAAUGAAAACAACAAAAAAAAUAUUGUAUUUUAUAAGGAUGAAGGCUGGUCUAGGGAAGAGAUGAAACAAUAACUCCCCUGAGGUACGAGUGUAAACUAUGGAUGUAGAUACGAUUGGCUAGUUUAAAUUCUUCAUUCAUUCUUACAGGGGAUAGCUUGCUGAAUAGAGAAGCAAAAAGGAAUGUAGUUGGAAGUGAAAGUGGUACAAAAACAAAAGAUAUAUCAAUUUCUAAAAUAUUACAAGUAAAAAAGUAGCAAGCGACUGAUAAUUUAGGUUCUAAGUGUUAAUAUCAACUGGAAUACAUGCAAAGCAAUUAUCAUUCUAAUUGACACAUCUUCUGGCAAAGGUUACGGAAAGCAGACAGCUGUACAUCAGCAUGAAACUCUGCUCUAAGAGAUUUCAAAGUCUUUCCAGUUGUCAGGAGCUGUUCUUCCUUUGAGCUCUUGGUGAAACAUUUCUCUAGGAGUUCAAUUUUUAAAAUGGGAAUUAUGAGCAUUUUACCUCCAUCUUAUCUUCCUACCUACAUCAAGUUCCUUCAGGAUGUAUCUAAGAUUUUGAAGAAAUGCUCAAAAAUAUUUUUGGAUGAAAUAAGUCAAUCUGCCAAUGAAUAGUGAAAUACUUUUGAUCAAUCAAAAGAAAGUUAAACAAAAAUAAAAAUCACUAGAUUCAGACUUGAAGAUUUUUUUUUAACUUCAUAUUCUUCUUGUCCUAGAGUUUUCCUAGUCCCAACAGCCAAAUCAACAGGACAAAUUGAUCUCAUACUUUUAAUUAGAAAAUGGCAUUAUCUAGAGACUUUCCAGUUAUAAUUCAUCUUAUGAUUGACAAUUAUGGGGAAGUAAGACCAGUUAGUGCAGUUUAAAACCCAAGGAUAUACAGGGGGGUCUUGGUUUCAAAUAAUGUAAGAUUUUACAAAAUAUAACAGCUGACAAUUUGGCAGACAGAUCUUUCAAUAAGUAAUUAAAGAUUACAUGUCAAUACAUGCUGCAGAAAAAAGUGACCCAAACUGCUGUAACUGACUGUGGGGCAAAAAUCAGACACCAUGCUUAACAGUAUCUUCCCUAGCUUCAUCUGCAUAUUAAUAGCUGCAGUUGUUGCAACACAUAGUUGUAGGGUGCUUUCUAUAUACAUUUUUUUAAUCCUUAUAACCUCAUGAGAUAAUGUUCUACUAUUAUGCUCAUUUACAGAUAAAAAAACAAGAACUGUUCCUUGUAUAGUUAUAUAGUUAGUAAAUGUAAGGGAUAAAAUCUGUAUCUUAGUUUUCACUCCUAUUCUGCCACAGUGUCUCUCCAUUAAAAAAAAAUUGUUUAGUACGUAAUGUACUAAUUAAAAAAUGAGACGGAAAAUAUUUUAAAAUUAUCUAUGUGACAAUUAAUUAACUAUGCAAUACUUACAUAUUCACCUACCUGAAAAAACUAUUACUAUGCAAGGGAACAAUUCUAAAAUUUUGUUGGGGGAGUAGAAAGACUUUGAAAAAGUAUCUUGGUAAAACCUUCAAAUGUUAUUGGUUUUGUUUUUUUUUUGGGGGGGAGGGUAGGGCCCUCAUUUUUUCUAGAAUAUUUCUAGAACCGUUUAAAACAGUUAUGACAAAUUACUAAUACUUUUAGCAUUAAAAUUACAGGAUUUCCUAUGACAUUCUCUAGUGAUUCACAACUUGUGACAUACAAAAAUGUCAGCCUGCAAAUUUAAGGGAAAUAAGGUGUGUGUUUGGUGUGUUUUAUGAACACUCAUAUAAAAGUACAAUAAACUUAACUCUAGCAAA